AUGAAGGUCUCAAACCCUUUGACGAGCUGGAAGGCUCGUCACAAUACUGCCACCGACCACAAUGGUACGACACAACAUAUCGAAAAACACGAAGGCUACGACGAUAGUCCACUACCACGCCUAACAUGGGCAUCGUUCAAUAUGGGCAUCCUGGUGUCAAUGGGCGGCUUCAUCUUUGGCUACGACACUGGUCAGAUCAGUGGUUUUCUAGGAAUGGUGGACUUUCUUGAUCGUUUCGGUCAACGCCAUGCCGAUGGUACUGCAUACUUCAGCAACGUCCGCGCAGGUCUCAUUGUCGGUUUGCUCUCCAUCGGUACCCUUUUCGGCGCCUUGAUAGCGGCUCCAAUUGCAGACAAGAUUGGCCGCAAAAUUUCCAUCCAAAUCUGGUGUUUCGUCUUCUCGAUUGGUAUGGUAAUUCAGAUAUCAUCUACACACAGCUGGGUUCAAAUUAUGAUGGGCCGAUGGGUUGCUGGUCUCGGCGUUGGAGCACUGUCCUUACUUGUUCCAAUGUAUCAAGCCGAGACUGCUCCUCCUCAUAUUCGUGGAGCAUUAAUUAGCGCUUACCAAUUGAUGAUAACAUUCGGUAUCUUUCUUGCAGCUGUCUUCAACUACGCCGCAGAGCGUCAUCAAGCGGGCAAGAAGGCUUCUUGGAUGAUUACCAUGGGCCUCUCCUUCGUCGUCGCCGCAAUCCUUGGUUUCGGUAUCAUAUUCUUCCCGGAUACCCCUCGAUACAACUACCGUCUUGGUAAGACCGAAAAGGCGAAGCAGACUAUGUCCCACGUCUACGGUGUUCCGGAAAAUCAUUGGAGUGUGCAUCACGAGCUUGAAGAGAUCCGCAUUAAACUCGAAGCCGAGAGUGAGAAGGGUUCCUCGUUCCACGAAUGGUACAGCAUGUUCAAGGCACCAAAGAUGUUUUACAGAAUUGCGCUUGGAAUGCUCCUACAAAUGUUCCAGCAACUCACUGGCGCCAAUUACUUCUUCUACUACGGGGUAACUGUCUUCAAGGGCACCGGAAUCAACAACUCGUUUGUCACGCAAAUGAUCCUCAACGGCAUCAACUUCGGUGUCACCUUUUACGGUCUAUACAUUGUUGAACACUACGGCCGUCGCAAGUCAUUAAUGGCUGGGUCCGCUUGGAUGUUCAUUUGCUUCAUGAUUUUCGCCUCCGUCGGCCACUUCAGCCUGGACCGCGCCACCCCGACCAACACCCCCAAGUCGUCCAAAGCUAUGAUCAUCUUUGCUUGUUUCUUCAUCUUCGGCUUCGCAACUACGUGGGGCCCAAUGAUCUGGACCAUUUGUGGCGAGCUCUACCCAAGCCGCUACCGCGCGAAGGGUAUGGCACUCUCAACAGCCUCGAACUGGUUCUGGAAUUUCAUGCUCGCGUUCUUCACGCCGUUCAUUACUGGCGACAUCGACUUCCGCUACGGAUACGUGUUUGCAGCUUGCAACAUCGUCGCUGGCAUUGGAAUCUACUUCUUCGUCAUUGAAGGCCAAGGAAGAACUCUCGAGGAGAUAGAUACGAUGUAUCUUAUGGGCGUCAAGCCAUGGCAGAGCAGCAAGUGGGAAGUACCGCCUCUGGAGCUGAUGGAUGAGAAAACGAGACGGGAUAUUGAGGCGACGAAUCCGGAGAGAAAAGUUAAGGUGGCGGCGCCGCCGGAUGCACAUGUGAGCCCCUCGAACGGUUCGCACCACGAUGCGAGCGACAAGGAGCUUGAGAGUGCGCCGUUGCACUAAAGGGGGAAUAGACAUGGCGGCUAAGUGAUCAGCUUCGGCUUUUGAUCAUUGGCUGCGAUGUUUACCAGACCACUCCUUCAUAACUAUCUGUUGGAAUUAGGGUAAUGUAUCAUAAGAAUGACGAGUUUCGUAUUUAAUUAAUAUACAUAUUGUUUUGACUCGUUACUUUCACACUGCU